AUGUUGUGGACAGAAAAGUACAGGCCUAAGUCUGUGGACACAUUUGAGGGUCCUGAGCAUCUCAAGAGCAUUUUAAGAAACUCCAGCGAGAGAGGACAUCCGAACCUCCUUCUGUAUGGACCACCUGGGACAGGAAAGACGACCUUUGCCCAUCUCUUGGCAACCAGGAAGCUGGAGCUUAAUGCAUCUGACGAAAGAGGCAUAUCUGUGAUAAGAGAAAAGAUCAAAGUGUAUGCAUCUACACUGGAAAAGGACAAAACAGUAAUACUCGAUGAGUGCGAAAAUCUCACGUCGGAUGCACAGCAUUGCCUGAGGAGAGUUAUUGAAGAUUCUGUGAACACCCGCUUCAUAUUUAUUACAAACUAUCCAUCGAAGAUCAUCGGGCCCUUGAGAAGUAGAUUGGUAGGAGUGAAGUUUACACUUGCAGAUAAUAGGGUUCUUGAGGGCAUAGGAGGCAACGAAGGACUAGGCUACGACAAGGAGCUAUAUCGCAGACUUUUUAAGCUCUGUGGAAACGACUUAAGAAAGGCAAUCAAUGUGCUUCAAGGCAUUGCUCCCCUGAGCAGCUUCUGCAUUGAAGAGGCCGUUGGAAGUAUUCCUCAAAAGACGGUGGAUGAGUUUUGGAAAGUAGGAAGGGCAGAAGUUAUGGAUUACUCGAAGAUGUUCCUGAGAGACGGAUACUCUGCACUUCAAUUGGUUCGGCAGCUGGCUGGGUGCUGGAAAGGAAGCGAUGCCCAGUCUGCAAAGUUUCAUCUUCUGCUCUCGUCGCUUGAAGAGAAAGCGGUCUUGGGAUGUUCGGAUGAGUUAGUCUUAUAUAAUCUCCUGGGAGGAAAGGUUGAGAUUUUUAGCCAAUAA